AUGGGAAAUUACGUUUCAUGCACCUUAGCACCACCGUCGACGAGGAACACGAAAGCAACUAGGGUAAUUCUUCCAACAGGAGAAGUGAAACAAUUCAAGGAAAUAAUGAAAGCAGCGGAACUUAUGUUAGAGAAUCCAAAUUAUUUCUUAGUCAACUCUCGUUCUCUUUAUAUUUCUACAAGAUUCUCUCCUCUCGCAGCAGACCAAGAAUUGGAAUUUGGAAGUGUUUACAUAUUUUUUCCUAUGAGAAGACUCAACUCUGUCGUUACGGGGGCUGACAUGGCGGUGCUCUUUCUGGCGGCAAAUUCUGCGGCAAAACGGUUACGUGCCGGAAAGACACGUGUCCAACCGGAUGUGAGUUCGGGUGGUGGUAUUGAGAAUGAUGAUCAAAACGGCAGUGUUGCGAGGUUGAGUUUGGAAGGAGUGGAAUCAGGAUUUAGUUAUAGAUUAAGUUAUUGUAGAUCGAGGAAACCUUUUUUGGACACUAUAAAUGAAGAACCAAUUACCUUAAGAUGA